AUGGCAUCAAAAUCAUCCGUAUCCGCACUUCAAGAAUACUGUGCCAAACAUAAAAUACCACCACCAACCUAUGAUUGCAUUGAUGCCGAAGACGGUACAUCAUUUAUUUGUCGGGCUCAAGUAAUGAAUAUGGAAGCCGACGGCCAGGGACGUUCUAAGCGUGAUGCUAAGCAUGCAGCUGCAUCGAAUUUAAUAAAACGACUACGCGUUGAGUAUCCGGAUAUUGAUAAUAUACGGCCAGUGGAAGUUGUUCCGGUACCACCCACUGAUAUGAUUGUAAAAUUACGGGACUAUUGUGUACAGCAUCAGCAUCCAUUGCCCGUGUUUGAAAUUGUUCAACAAGGUGGUCCACCGGAUGCACCGGAAUUUAUUGCAUUGUGUUCGGUUGCAUCGAUACGACGUUAUGGUGUAUCGGAUAAGAAAAAAGAUGCCAAACAAAUUGCUGCUACAAAAAUAUUUGAUAUCAUUUUCAAUGUAAGUGAGGAAUAUUUCAGAACUACUACCGAUAUUGCCCCAAUGGAACAUGAAAUGCAAGUAGCACCGAUCGACACUAAAAUCGAAGAUAUUGAAGCUGAACGAUAUCAAAAAUUCAAAACCUAUCGUGAACUAACCGAAAGUGGAAUAGAUGACCCACCGGGUAUCUUAUUGUGUGAUCGACAUAAUUAUUUUGCCAAAUUUCACAAUCAUUUGAAAAUGACAGCGAAAGAAAUAUUGCUUAGCGAAGCCUACGAUGAGGACUAUGAAAGCCAGGCAAAAGAGUUGUUACAUGCUCUGAAAAUAAGUCCACGGAUUAAACAAGUAUCGGCCGAAAAGACCAUCGAACCAAUUGUACAAAUCGAACUCGAUUGUGAAUAUGAUGUAUUAUUUGCGAAUACAGCUGAAUAUGUUUAUAAGAAUGUAUUGGAUUAUUUUCGUGAUAUGUUGGAUUAUUAG